AUGCAUAUUGUAGAAACAGCAGGAAUAGUAGAAACUCAAGAUUCAAGCGAUCUGUGAAUAGGUAUCAGCAGUCAGCCAACCACUAGAAGACAGUGGUGAUUGACGAGUGCUUAUUGCUGAAUCUUACUACUCACUAGUAUUCUAUUAUUUAGCUUACCGACAAUUAUAUUGCUAAUUAUUAUAUAUAGGAAAAAAAACGAAAAUAUACAAUAAAAAGUUUUGGUAAUAAGCAAUCGCGAGUUCGCUUCGUUUGUCUUAACUUUUUCGAAUUUUAAAGCUUAUCUAAAUAUUAUGUUAUCUAAUACAUUAGUUGUGUUAUACAAGUGUACUAAAUAAAAUUCUUUAACUUAAUCUGCAGUAUGCUAUAUUUUUAAUUUCUUUUUGUUCCUUCAAUUGUUUGUAUAUCUUUUUCAAUAUUUUGUGAUAUAUUAUUUUUUUUACCAUGAGUAUGAAACAUUUAACUAACAAAACCCCGAGAAUUCUUCAAGAACUUAUGACCCAACAGGAUAAUUCGAAAUGUUUUGAAUGCGGCUCUCAUAAUCCACAAUGGGCUUCUGUCUCAUAUGGUAUUUGGAUUUGUUUAAUGUGUUCAGGAAAACAUAGAGGUCUUGGAGUUCACUUGUCGUUUGUCCGAUCCAUCACCAUGGAUUCUUGGAAGGAUUUAGAGUUGGAAAAAAUGAAAGUCGGAGGAAAUAGAAAUGCCUUAGAAUUUUUCAAAUCUCAACCAGACUGGAAUGAUUCAAUGACUAUUGAACAAAAAUAUAAUACUAAAGCUGCAGCACUAUAUCGAGAUAAGAUUUUAAAUUUAGCCAAAGGGGAACAAUGGAGCCCUACUACGUCAUCAGCUAAAGAUUAUAAUGUAGAUCAUAUGAAAAUGAAGAGUAACCAAUCUCAAAAGUAUAAUUUUAAUGAACCAUCAAAUAAUUAUAAUGAAUUGAGUUCUGGCUAUCAAAAUGAUGUUAACAUUCCAAAUAUCAAAGAUGAAAAAGAAGCAUUUUUUGCUAGAAAGCAAUAUGAAAAUAUGACAAAACCUAGCAAUGUUCCUCCAAACCAAGGUGGACGUUAUUCUGGAUUUGGCAAUACAGUUGAACCACCACCUAGAAGUCAAUCUCAAGAUCUUCUUGAUUCUGCAGUAUCAUCAUUUUCUAGUGGAUGGUCAUUAUUUUCCUCAUCUGCAUCAAAAUUAGCGUCUCAAGCCACACAAAGUGCCAUUAAAAUAGGUGGACUAGCCACUCAAAAGGUAUCAGAUAUAACUACUGACAUAAGCUCAAAGAUAAAAGAAGGUACAUUAAUUGAUGAAGUAUCCAAUCAAUUUUCCUCUAUGACUACAAAGGUAAACGAUUUAAGUCGUAAAGAAUGGCAAAAUAUCACUGGCAGUAAUAUUCCUACACCACCGAAAUCACAGUCAACUAAUUUUGUAGCACAUUCCACUGAGAACUCUUCCUUAAUUUCUGAUGGUUCUUCUGGAAAUCAAAAAAAUGUACAGCGUAAAAACAGCUGGACAUCUUGGGAUGUUAAUAAUACUCAUGCAUCGUCCUCGGAUCAAACAACUGAAAAAUAUCAACCAAUUCAAGAUGAAUGGAAUAACAAAUGGGACAAUAAUUGGUAGAUCUGCAUAAAAAUUUGUAUUAAAUUUUUAUUUAAAAAAAUUUAAAGAUAUAAAUAUUUAUAAAUGUUA